AUGGUUCGUCAGCAUCGAUGGGAUGUCGACUUGCUCGAUAUAUUAUCGGCUGUUGUUUUCGAAACACAGGGUCCAUCCCGUAUCGCUGCUUUGCGCUUGUUUUCUAUUGUUUGCAGGUAUGUCGACAUUUUAGUUCUUUUUUGGGGGUUAUAA